UUAUCUUCUCCAUUACUAAUUAACUAUCCCCAUUACACUUUCUUUGUAAACCACCGCACUCCAUUUUCCAAUGGAGGGGCGGGUCCGCCCUGACAUUGGCGAAGAACCUUCAGGUGACGAUCCUCCCUUACUAUCAUCGCCGCCAGAGCCACCUACACUGCCGCUGCCACUACCACCACACUCCGACGGUGCCAGACGUUCAAGUGAGACCUACGUCAUCCAAAUACCCAAAGACCAAGUUUACAGGGUCCCACCGCCGGAGAACGCCCAAAUCGCCGAACGCUUUCGCAACAACCUGCCGGAGACUAAAGGGAAGAAAUCCCGUCUGUCUCGGCCGAUGACGGUUGUGAUAAUCGUCGUCAUUGUCUGCCUUGUACUUGGAAUGACCGGCUUGAUAACAUACCUUAUUUUAAGACCCGAAGGGCCUUCAUUUUCUGUCUUCAAGGUCUCCCUUGUCAGCAACACCGCGAAAAAGAAACACCCGGAAUAUGAGAUUUCUUUGAAAGCAAGCAACCCGAAUAAAAGACUCGGCAUUGACUACCAAACCAACGAGAAUGUUACACUUUUGUUUGGAGGAAAAUACAUUGCUGGUGGAAGAUUUCCACAACUAUACCAAGAGAAAAACCACUCCAUAACGGUGAAACUUGUGUUGGUUGGGAAAGAAGGAGUUUUGCCUCGUGAGAUCGAGAAGAGCUUGAAGGAAACUACAGAUGAGUCCAAAGAACCUAUAACAUUGUGUUUGGAAAUGAAUGUGAAUAUGAAGAUGGAUUUGGGGUUUUCUAAGAUUUGGAGAAUGGACUCCAAAGCAAGUUGCCGUUUCAAGGUGCGUUCGUUAGGUGCAGGUUCAAAAGUACUUUCGCAACAAUGUCAAAUUUCAAGCCUUUAA